AUGAGCGACAAAGCACCACCAGAGCCAGAGGACUUCACGUAUUUGGACCGCAUCCAACAGCUCAAUGAAGUGGAUAAAGAUGUGACCAAGCUCAUUCACUCAGCCGGCCUCGCAAUUCAAGCUUUAACCAGCUCCAAGCCAGUCCCAACCGAUUCCUGCCCCGCAGCAGAUGGCUCGCUCGACUCUCACAAAGCACGAUUCAAAGAAGCCACCAGUCAAUACUUCUCUCUUCUUUCUUCAAUCGAUGUUCGUCUACGUCGCCAGGUCUACGCACUAGACGACGCCGGUGCCCUUGGAGGAGAUAGCGAUUCGGGCAAAAGCACCAGGACCGACUCCAGCACUGGUACAUCGAGCUCUGCGAACCCAAUGGAUGUUAGUCGGCUUAACAGCCGGAAGGAUCCAACAGCAAUGGACAAGGAGGCAGAGAUCUGGGCCGCCGCUCGGGAGUUUGUUGAUGGAAUUUCACUCCCGCACUGCCAGGACAAGGUCAAUGAUUCGGAGAAGAUGCAGGAGGAUUGA